ACCUUCAUAACUCUAAACUACAUUUAAAUACCUAAAAUACGUAUAUACUACCGUUUCUCAAUUUGUACCCUCUCUCUGCGCGCUGUUUCUCAAUACCUGUCUUUCACUCCAAACCAAUUUCCUUACUCAUUUGAUUCAUUUCCUUACCUUCCAGGCUCUUAUCCAAUUGAUUGUAUUUUACAAUAUAUAAUCCUGUUUUAUAAUUCCAUUUAAUUUUUUCAUCCGUUAUGGUGUUUUUGCUAUAUUUUAUGACUCUUCUAAUGUGAUUCCAGGUCAGGGUGUGAAGCUUCAGCCCUCCAUCGAUGAUCUUAGGAGGGGGGUGUUUCAGAGCAUCAUGUCAGAGGGAGCAAAAGAAUUGGCCGAUGAAGAUGAUAGAAACAAAGUUGAAAUUGAAAUUGAAAGUGAAGGAAGGAGGAGUAAAAUUGUGGAUGACAAAAUGAAGGUUAAGAGUAUCAUUGGUGAUGUAAAUGAUGCAGCAUUACAAGGCCAAGGUGAUCUACCGGUUCAACCACAAAGACUGCAAAGUCCGGGAGGACACAUCAACUGGGAAAAAUUUCUUCACAUCUCAUCCAUUAAGGUUCUGCUGGUAGAGAGUGAUGACUCUACCAGACAAAUUGUUACUGCUUUGCUCCGGAAAUGCAAUUACGAAGUGAUUGUAGCGGCCAAUGGAUUGCAAGCAUGGAAGGUUUUAGAAGAGCUAACCAACCAUAUCGAUCUUGUGUUAGCUGAGUUAGAAAUGCCAUGUGUGUCAGGCAUGGGUCUUCUUUGCAAAAUCAUGAGCCAUAAAACACGCAAGAAUCUUCCUGUCAUUAUGAUGUCAUCUCGUGAUUCUAUGGGUUUAGUAGUUAAGUGUUUGUCAAAAGGUGCUGUCGACUUUCUGGUCAAACCUGUUAGGAAGAAUGAGCUCAAGAACCUAUGGCAACAUGUCUGGAGAAGAUGUCAGAGUUCUAGUGGGAGUGGGAGUGAAACUGGGACAAAACCCCAAGACUCUGUAGAUUCAAAGAGUGUUGAGAAACAAGAAAACAAAAAUGGCAUCAAUGGUGGCGAUUCCAAUGGAAGCGGCAGUUCGAAUAUUGGCAACGAUGGUGCUGCCCCCCAGCCAACUUCAAACCAUGAGCAUUUUGAAGACAACCAUGAAAAUCACAACACCUGUGCUUCAGGAGGUAAUCAUCAUUAUGGACAAAAUGGGAAGACAGAGAAAGGUGGAAGUGGAGAUGCAUGUGGCAGUGGUUUCCCUGGACAUAGAAUGGAUCCAAACAAACUUGCAAAAAGACAAGCUGCUUUGACCAGGUUUCUUCAGAAGAAGAGAAGAAGAUGGUUCACGCCUCACGGAUAAGGUCAUGUGAUGGACCAAUGAACUGGAUUUCAGUGGAAGUGAUCAUGACAGUCCAUGGAAAUUUCAGUCUUGAAGGAAUCUAGAACCAGUGGUCGUGUUUUUUUCCAUUGAAGCCUAUGUUCCAGACAUCCAGUCAAUAUCGGUGUUGUUCAUUCAGUCCAGAAUGUUCCAUUCCAAUUAGUGGGAUAAUUCUUGUUGUACACAAAAAUUUUAUACAAAUUAUAUACUGCUUGUGUACACAGACAUUUUGGUAUAAAAUUAUGUCAUUUUUCAAAAGAAUUGCCAAUUGGUAUUUUAUUCCUGCCAUGUUGCAUCUCUCAUGUUAAUAUGAUAAUGGCAAAUUGUCAAUGGUACAUUACAA